UUAAUUUUAUAAAUUUUGUCGCUCAGAACGGACGUGUUAGGAAGCUCGUUUUCUAGUAAAAAAUAAAUCCUUUCCUCCACAAUUCCAAAAAAUAUAUUUUUUAUUUUAAAUUUGUUUAGACAUUGCACAUAUUUAAGCAAUAGAAACGGCGAAAUGACAACAAAGUUUAUUAUCAACGACCGAUUAUACACUUUUAAGUUAUCCAAUCUUCCAUCGGACAUUACUUUGAACACCUUUAUCCGAGAGCAUGCGGGAUUAUCAGGUACUAAAUUUAUGUGUCAAGAAGGCGGAUGCGGAGUAUGCGUUUGCGUGGUUACGGGUAAACACCCAGUUACUGGCGAUGUGCACACUUGGGCCGUCAACUCAUGUUUGACAUUACUGAACACUUGUGCAGAUUGGGAGAUAACCACUAUUGAGGGGAUUGGGAGCAAACGUAUGGGCUAUCACCCGAUUCAAAAACGUUUGGCUAAGAUGAACGGCACUCAAUGUGGUUUUUGCUCGCCAGGUUUUGUUAUGAAUAUGUAUGGGUUACUGAAAUCUAAGGGAGACAAAGUUACCAUGGAGGAGGUGGAGAAUUCUUUUGGUGGCAACAUUUGUCGAUGCACUGGCUACCGUCCCAUAUUAGAUACCAUGAAAUCUUUUGCAAUCGACAGUACUAUCGAAAUUCCUGAAGAGUGCUUUGACAUUGAAGACCUCAGGACUAAAACAUGCCCCAAGACUGAGACUUCAUGUAACAGAUCUUGCAUCAGCCUGACAAAGCGGCCGCCAAUGAAAUAUGAGGAUGGUAGCCAAUGGUUCUGGCCGAAAUCAUUAUCUGACGUUUUCUGUGCUAUAGAGCAAUCGAAAGGUUGCAAGUAUAUGCUGGUGGCCGGUAAUACUGCUCACGGCGUCUUUCACCGCGAAUAUACUAUUAAAACAUUUAUCGGCGUGAAUGGAGUACCUGAACUGUGCCAAUAUAGUAUUACUCCAAAUGCCGUAACCUUAGGUGGCAAUUUAAGUUUAUCCCAGACAAUGGAAAUAUUUCAAGAGGCAGCCAAAUAUAAUGGCUUUGAGUACUCUAAACAACUUUGGAACCAUUUCGAUUUAAUUGCAAAUGUACCUGUUCGCAAUAUGGGCACCUUGGCUGGUAACCUAAUGAUGAAAUACUACCACAACAGCUUCCCCUCUGAUAUUUUUGUUCUUUUUGAAGCAUUAAAUGCUCAAGUGAUAGUCCAAGAAAGCGCGACAAAAGAGAAGAGAGUAACGAUCACAGAGUUUUUGAAAACUCCAAUAAAGGGUAAAGUUAUUAGAGCAUUCAUUCUCCCACCAUAUUCGUUAAAGAGAUAUAUAUUUGAUUCCUACAAGGUUAUGAUCAGGGCACAAAAUGCGCAUGCUUAUGUUAAUGCUGCGUUUCUCAUAAAUAUUGAGAGACCAAGCUUCAGAGUAAAAUCUGCCCGCAUCUGUUUUGGUGGCAUAAAUCCUGACUUCAUCCACGCAACUGAAAUCGAAAAAAUACUAGAAGGAAAACAAUUAUAUGAUCCAGAAGUUGUAAGACGGAUUUUUGUGGCAGCCAGAAAUCACAUCGUUGCUGAUGCAGUUUUACCUGAUGCUUCGCCCGACUAUAGACAGAAACUAGCUUGUGGGCUACUCUAUAAAACCAUUUUGAAAAAUACACCAGACAGCACAAUUCCAGCAAAGCUACGUAGUGGAGCAGAGAUUCUGAAGCGUCCAGUAUCAUCAGGUAGACAAGUAUACGAAAGAAUAGAAGAUGAUUCACCUGUACACCAAGCAAUUGAAAAAUACGAAGGUGUAAUGCAGACAGCAGGGGAAGCCACUUAUGCCAAUGAUGUACCCGUUCAGCCACACCAGUUGUGGGCAGCUUUCGUUACGGCCAAGAAAGUAGGAGCUACGGUAGUUGACAUUGACACCUCAGAAGCAUUCAAACUACCUGGAGUUGUUGACUUUCUAACUACUAAAGAUAUACCUGGAAAAAAUACGGUUUGUGGAAACGAGCCCAUGUUCUUUAAAGAGAAUGAGGAAUUAUUUGCUAGUGGUGCCACAAAAUUUUACAAUCAACCAAUAGGUGUAAUAGUGGCUGACUCUAAUGCCACUGCCAAUGCGGCAUGUAAACUAGUGAAGCUCACUUAUGCUGGCAAAGCAGACGAAGUUUUCCCCACACUUCAUGAUGUUCUGAACAGUGCUUGCUCAGAUAGAAUUAACCAUACUAUUAAGUCCCUCAUCGAAAAUCUAAAAAUUGAAGACGAUUAUGAUGUACAUGGUUCGGGAAAAUUAGAUUUGGGCUUGCAGUACCACUACUUCAUGGAACCACAUACUUCCGUAGUAAUUCCGUUUGAAGGUGGAUUGGAAGUGUAUGCCGCCACUCAGUGGAUGGACCUGCUCCAAGGAGCUCUUACAGAGUUGCUGGGAAUGAAAACUAAUGAAGUUCAAGUUAAGGUACGGCGAUUGGGUGGUGGCUAUGGUGGCAAGGCGACCCGGAGUCUUCCAGCUGCUUGCGCCGCCGCAUUGGCUGCCUUUAAGCUUAACCGUCCGGUACGUUUUGUCCAAUCUAUAGAAUCGAUGAUGAAUGUUCUUGGAAAACGAUGGGCUUUCCAUUCAGAUUACGACUUCUACGUUAAAAGUACGGGAAAAAUUGUAGCACUGCGUAAUGCAUUUUACGAAGAUGCAGGCUGUCUUCCUAACGAAUCUCCAAUGGGUCACACAGUUUUGCUCGGUAAAAAUUGCUAUGAAUUUAGUGAUAACUACAAGUUGGAUGGUUACAUGGUCAUAACUGAUUCGCCUAGCAAUACACCCUGCCGUGCACCUGGUUCAGUUGAGGGAAUUGCCAUGAUCGAAAAUAUUCUCGAACAGAUAUCUUUUGAAACUGGAUUAGAUCCAGUGGAUGUUCGUACUGCUAACCUAAUUCCUGGACAUAAAAUGGGUAAAAUUUUGGCACACUUUGUGGAAUCAACAAAUUACAAAAUACGAAAGCAGGAAGUCAAAAUUUUUAAUGUACAUAAUCGCUGGUGUAAGAAGGGCCUUGGUAUUGCUAUCAUGGAGUAUCAUAUUGGGUACUUUGGACAGUUUCCGGCUACGUUAGCCAUCUAUCACGGCGAUGGAACCGUGAUUAUUUCACACGGUGGUAUUGAAAUGGGUCAAGGAAUGAACACCAAGGUCGCCCAGCUGGCGUCUUAUGAGUUGGGUAUACCAUUAAAUAUGAUUCGAUUUGAGGGUAGCAAUACUAUUAAUGGCGCAAAUAGCAUGGUAACUGGAGGCUCAAUCGGCAGUGAAACACUCUGCUACGCGGUGCGGAAAUGUUGCAACACAAUUAACGAACGACUCAAGCCAGUGCGGGAAUCCUUAAAAAAUCCUACAUGGCUCGAAAUUAUACAGACAGCUUACAGUCAACACAUUAGUCUGAUUGUAAACGAUGAUUGCAAACCAAAUGAUAUGGAUCCAUAUACAGUGUGUGCUCUAGGUCUUGUGGAGGUGGAAGUCGACAUUCUGACCGGCAAUUAUCAACUACCGCGCGUAGAUAUAUUGGAGGAUGCUGGAGAGAGUUUAAAUCCAAAUGUGGAUAUCGGACAAAUUGAGGGAGCAUUUAUGAUGGGCCUCGGCUACUGGACUUCAGAAGAAAUAGUUGUUGAUAGAAAUACUGGUGAGCUCAAAACUAACCGUACAUGGAAUUACAAACCACCUGGUGCUAAAGACAUACCAAUCGAUUUCCGCAUUGAAAUGUUGCCACGCAGCCCAAAUGCGGCUGGGUUUAUGCGUUCCAAGGCUACUGGUGAGCCAGCUAUAUGUUUAGGAAUAGCUGUGGGCUUUGCUCUGCAGGAGGCUUUACAAUCUGCUCGCUCUGAUGCUGGGAUACCAAAUAAAUGGAUUGCGCUAAGCGCACCGAUGACACCCGAACGUGUGUUGCUACAGUCAGGUACUGAUUGUAGCAUGUUCCAGCUCAAGUAAAGAGAAAUCACGUUCAAACAGAAUAUGAAUCCAGAAACUCACUAUUGAUGUAUCAGUUUAAAAUAUUUUCAUAUGAUCUACUAUUAACCACAAAUAGUUAAUAUCAAAUAAAUAACUUUUUUUGAGAUAAAA